AUGUCAUUCCAGAACUUCGAAUCGUUCCAAAACCAGCACCCAGCGGCCGACGCUGCCGCUGCUGCCCCCGGCGCACCUGCUACUGCGGAUACCAUGGCCGGCCAGGCCGACCCUACCGCCGCCCAAUUCCAGGGCCCUGCUCCUGGCGAGCCAACGGCCGCUCCCGUUCAGCCCGCUCAGGAGGGCAAGACCACUCUCUGGAUGGGUGAGCUUGAGCCCUGGAUCGACGAGAACUUCGUCCGCAACCUCUGGUUCCAGAUGGGCGAGCAGGUCAAUGUUAAGAUGAUCCGCGACAAAAGAUGUUUUGUAGGUGAUCCUAAUGUUGGUAGUAGGAGCAAUGCCGGCUACUGCUUCGUCGACUUCUCCUCUCCCGCUGCCGCCGCUAAGGCUCUGUCGUUGAACGGCACUCCUAUGCCUAACACCAACCGCCUCUUCAAGCUGAACUGGGCCACUGGUGGUGGCCUCGCUGACCGCAGCCGUGAUGACCGUGGCCCCGAGUACUCCAUCUUUGUUGGUGAUUUGGGCCCUGAGGUCAACGAGUAUGUACUCGUGUCCCUCUUCCAGAGCCGCUUCCCAUCUUGCAAGUCCGCCAAGAUUAUGACCGACCCGAUUAGCGGCAUGUCUCGUGGCUACGGCUUCGUUCGUUUCUCCGAUGAGAAUGACCAGCAGCGUGCUCUGAGUGAGAUGCAGGGAGUCUACUGCGGCAACCGUCCUAUGCGUAUCUCCACCGCUACUCCCAAGAACAAGGGUCCUGGUGUCGUUCCCGGCGGUAUGGGCAUGCCCGGUCCCGCGGGAAUGUACCCUCCCAUGGGUGCUCCUCCCAUGGGCUUCUACGGUGCUCCUCAGCCCAUGAACCAGUUCACUGACCCCAACAACACAACUGUCUUCGUUGGUGGACUUUCCGGCUAUGUCACCGAGGAUGAGCUUCGGUCUUUCUUCCAGGGAUUCGGAGAGAUCACUUAUGUCAAGAUCCCUCCCGGAAAGGGCUGUGGUUUCGUCCAGUUCGUUCAGCGCCAUGCCGCUGAGAUGGCCAUCAACCAGAUGCAGGGUUACCCCAUCGGCAACUCGCGUGUGCGUCUGAGCUGGGGCCGCUCUCAGAACAACUCCGGUCCCGCCGGAAGCCCUUACCGCCCAGCUCCUCCUCCGCCUCCCAUGUACCCUUCUAUGGGCAUGCCCCCUGCCCACCAGUAUGGCGGCUUUGCGCCUAUGAAGGUUGGUGACCCUGAAGCUACUGCAUGA